UCAUUUCAAAAUUAUUGUUUUACAUCGACUGAAAUAAACAGGAUCAAACAUUAUCAAAUUCAAUGGAUUGGGGAAACGUAACCGCCAAGGAUCUGAUCGACGCGCUUCGUGAAGUUGACUGGUCAUCACCGCCGCGACCUCUCUCCGAAUUCUUCUCCCGGUUCACCGUCCCUCGAUCAUCGGCCAAAUGGAAUAGCCGUUUUAAAUGCAAUCUCUACUAUUAUCGAACCAAUUAUUUCAUUCUGAUUGUUCUCAUUGUUGGUUUGGGAUUCUUGAGGAAGCCGGUUUCCAUUAUUGCUGCGAUUUUAACAGCAUUAAGCAUCGCUUUUCUGAAUGACAGUUUUGCUGGUACUUUUAGUGAGAAGGUGACUAGAACUGUGAGGCAAUUCUAUCCACAUUUAGCAGCUAAGAUGAGGCCUCUCCUUACGCCUGUUAUUCGUGGACGUCCAUCAACUAAAAGAAUAGUUCACAUAUGUGGUCAGCCUCGUUGGGUUUUUGUCAUCAUAUUUUCUUCUGUAAGUUUCAUCCUUUGGUAUGUAUCCCGUGGUCUCUUUACUGUGCUAUGGACACUUGCCGUGGCACUUCUUGCCAUUCUCCUUCAUGCUAUUUUUAGAACACCGAACCUGAAGGCUCGUCUUAACACUUUUCGUGAGGAGUUUCGUGCAGUUUGGCGCAAUUACAGUGAGCUAUGAGCUCAGUCUAUAUCAUGGGAGUAUGCAUCCAAUUUUUAUGUUGAUUUAGUUUAUUUUUAUUUUAUUUAGGUUUUCAUUUGAUUAAGAGUUUAGUGCUGUUAGUCUGGUUUUACUUCUAUACUUUCAGCUGUUAAUCUGUUGUUCAUGCUCACCUCUUUUAUUUUAUUUUAUUUUAUAGGAAUUGCAUGCCUCGUUAAAAACUUCUUUCUUGAUUAAAGGAUCUUGUAAAAAAGAUCCUUAAUCAGCGGAAGGAGAAAAAGAGUGCCUUAAGAUUUCAUUAACCAUAAGAAACAUAAGAAUACAACCAGGUCGCCACCCCCAACAUAAGCAAACAACCAAAAACAACCGAAAAAACCCUACACGACAACACUAACACAGCUAAAACCUUCUAAGCUACAACAACAGUCACAAAAAUGACUGACCAGCCUUAACACCUGAACAUAGCCCGAAAACCAACACAAAAACAAACCAGAAGCCGAAUAUCACAGCUGACUCAAUCCAUAAAAGACAAAAUCAAAAACAAAAUCUUGAACUUCCGCACGAACAAAUAACCAGAAACAACAUCCGCAUAAAAGACAAUCAAAAACAAAAUCCUGAACUUCCACACGAACAGAGUACAAGAAUCAGCUUCCGCCUUAACGCCUCUUCUUGCUCGACUUGUCGACAGAAACCAUCCGAAUUACCAACUUCAUACAGAUAAAAAGAAAAGAACCGCCUGAAAGUUCCAAAACAUCCACUGCCUUAACCUUCCUCUGAGGACUCUUGCUUCGACUUUAACGAGGCUUCCUUUUUUGAGCCGCAAAUUUCACUUGAAAAUUUCUGAGAGAACUAAAAAUUGCAUUCCUCUCCUCCACAGCUCUUUGUUUCUGACUCCCAUCCAACAUGGGGGAAUGAAAAGUAUAUUCCUCAGAAGCACGUGCAGGCUCACACCUUUUCCUGCUGUCUUCUUCUGCCCCUCUCUUAUUGUGAACAAGCACUUCCUCGUGUACCCCACUAACACUUUCCAAAGCCUGAAAAUUACCACCACUUUGAUAGACAUGCUCCUGCACAGCUGCCCCACUAACCAAGUCCACAUUCUUGGUCUCCGAGAACCUUUUAGAAUUGAAUAAAAACUUAGACUGCCGUAAGCCACCAUUUCUUUUAGAAGACAAACGCCUACCACUAACAUCAAGAAACGUGUGCUGCUCAACUUGCGAACGCGCAUUAUCAACUCUAGAAUCACACACAUCCAAACCUGAGGCCAUGUGUAUCCCACUAGCUCCCUCCAAAAUGUUAAGGUCUCCACUCCUCUGGCCAAUCGUAGAUGCCCCAUAACAAACUGUCGGGUUAGCACAAAUCGGCAGUUUAUGCCCAUGCACAUUAUCAUCGAUAGCAUCACACAGUUCCACCUCAGACCCCACUUGCUCCCCCCUAACUACCUCCAAAGAAAUAAAAGUGCCACUCUUCUGACUAUCAAUCCCAUGCGCAACUACCCCAUUACUGACUGUCGGGGACACAGCUUUAACAGCCCAUACCUCACCUGAACCACACAUACCGCCCCCAGUAUGCGUGCCAUCAAUAGAAGCUCGAUUUUCUAGCUGAACUUCCUUAAUAUUAGUGGAAUCAUAAUUAACUCGUGAAAAUGUUCCAGCACAUACCGCCAACUCGGAAGACUUUACUGGCGAGACACCAUCGAGGUCCCCCUCCGUGGGUAAUGGUGAAGCAACUGCCGUUUCCGAUACAGACGAAUCCUCUCAGACGGAAUCAGGGCUAAAGCAAGGUUCAAUCUCGGAAACAAAUACUGUAAAAGACUGAUCCCCAACUUUCAAAACACAGGAUUCUUCCACUCGAACUUUACAGUUCGUAAUGAUCUGAAAUAAGGCCCUAUCAAACGAGCCAGUAUAUAAGGUCCCUGCGUCAAUUGAGAUAAGAGUUCCCCAUUUUUCAACAAUGUUUCUGAAAGUAGAAUGGCUCCACACAAAAGGUGGGAUCCCUCUGCACGAUAACCAUACCCAUCGGCUGCUACACUGAAAGUUUUCCGACCACAAUUCCACCUUUUCAAAGCAUUUAUUAAACGCUCCAAUCUGAUUGUUUAGAGCAAAGUCUCUACUCUCUUCAUCUUCAAAAAUGAUCAGAAUUGCUAAACCACUUAACCUCAUAAUUUUCGGGCCUAAAAUGUCUUCCUUGUGCAUAAAAGCAGCUAACUCUUUCAUUUUUAUAAAUUUUCUGCACCAACCAACCAAACUAUCUCUAAGAGUAAUUAGUUUAUCCUCGUCAACUACACCGAUAAUGGGAGCUUCUUUGACAUCCUCCUCUCUACUCUUGACCAAAGCUGAAUUUUAACCAGUAAACUUUUUCCUCCAGAAAACAUCACGAGGUUGAAAUCUCGCCAUGAAAACUCUAACCUUUUGCCUUGAAUCCAAGAUCUAUCAGCACAGAAGAUAGCCCUCCUCGCGUCCUCCAAUUUAGAGAAGCGGACAAAACCAAACCUGCUUCCUCCCUUGCUUCUUUUGAUAGGGAUGAAAGAAUCGACCACCUCGCCAUAUUUAUCAAACAAUAACCAAAGACCUUGAUGAUGAAGACACUCUGGAAUAUUGAAAAUAAUCACUGUAACGCAACUUUUCCCAACAGAUCUUCUCACCUGACUCGCCAUCUAAAAGAAAUAAAGGGGAAGGAGAACGAAAUUUUUGAAAAAUGCCUAAAUUUUUAGAGAGAAGGGGGAGCUUGGUCUCAUUGUGGUUGUUCAGGGCAGAUUCUGCUGCAGUGGCAAUUACCACAACCCGCUCACCUCUUGUAUUGAUUAUGGAAUAUUGUAUAUAUUCAUGUCACAUGCUACUCAUAUAUUCCAUGAUUGUGACUUUUUAGUUCACUAUCAUGAUAUGCACAUGGUGCAUUAAUAUUUUCUCUAAAUUCUCUCAUUUAUUUGUGUUCUCUUGUCCAGAAAUGCCUGAUGUUAUGAUACCUCUAAAUAAUGUUACUAGUUGCUGAUUCUCUUCAAGUAUCUUUUUGUGCUUGAUUGCCAUCCGAGUAAUUCUGUUAUUGAAAUGGAACUUAUUAUUCUAGGGUUAUAUACUAGUUGGUAAAUGCUUUCUUAAUUAAUAGAAUAGGGGUACUAAAAUGAUUUGUCUUUAGAUAUUGCUGAUGCAUUUGGUCACUUACUUGAAGAAAAUAUGGCUUUAGCAACUCCCAUUCCUGUCCCAUGGUUAAAAAAAAUGGGGAAAAACAUUGAAUUGAAUAGAGAUACGCAAAUGAGACUUAUCUUUAGUUGAUCUUUAGCUGAUCCUGAAUGUUUUGGUCGUCACUGCCAUUGGGGUUCUACAUGACGAUAAUACUUGGUAAUUUUUUUCUUGUCGUAUGCAACAAGGAAAACAGUUACUUCUCUAAUAUAAUAUCAUUAGGUGGUUUUGGAUGGUAAAACAAUUUUUAUGGACUAGAUUCAUCUUUAUCCCCGUGGUUUACACCAGAUCUAGUCAACUGACCAGACCCUUCCAAGUUUAACCACUCUCUCUUGAAUCAUUGACGUAGUAAAACUUGGGAGAACAACUUGUCCCAAACUUUGUUGUCACUAUCAUUUCUGAACUCCGAUGCAUUUCUUCUUUUAUAACCUCUAGCUUCUGCAGCCCUUCUCUUAUUGAUUUGUAUUCUGCUUCUGGUAUGUGAGUGGUAUGGCUUAAACAUGUUGUGGAGUUCCAUUUUACAAUCCUGGUUGCUGAUAUUCGGUUUCAGGCUGCUGUUGAUGUCUCUACCAAAUAAUUUCUUUAGCUGGAUUAAGGUUAAGAAGGCUGCCGAUCUUUUCGUAUAGCAGACACGUUUGUAAAUUGUCAGGACCUCUUUGCCUUUGUAAAUCUGUUUUUAUUCCUUUUCGGAGAGACCACGGAGGAAUUUUACCCAUAACCUCCUUAGGAAUGGGGGGGGGGGGGAAACACCGUUCAGAUUCUUUGUAACCGCUGAUAUUUCUUUUAGCUGUACUUGAUUCUUAGU